AUGUCUAAUAACAAUUCCUCUAUCGGCAAAGCGAGGGGUAGGCCGCCAAAGAAAAUCAUAUCAUGUACCUGGUGUAAUGAAACGAAGCUUCCUUUGAAAUAUGUAUUUCCCACCACAAAUGGAAAAAAAGAGUUUUGCUCUGAGACUUGCCUUGCAGAAUUCCGAAAGGCAUACGUCAAAGGAGCUUGCAUACAGUGUGAUAAUGUUAUUAGAGGCAAUGCUGCCCCUUCAAAAGAAUACUGCUCGACUUAUUGUAUGAACAAGCAUCAAAAGAAAGAAUUGGCAAGUUCUAGAGUAGCUGCUGUAGCUCCUACUACGCCAUUAGAGGGUUCUUCUGGGCCAUUUCAGUAUGAAACAUAUCAAGCAUUUAACUGGGAUGAAUACCUAAGAGAAACCAACAGCAUUGCAGCUCCUCAGAGCUGCUUUAAGCAAGCCCCCAGUCCUCCGUAUAAUGACUUUGAAGUGAGCAUGAAAUUAGAAGCUCUAGAUCCCAGAAACGUUACAUCUACGUGCAUUGCUACAGUCAUUAGUAUAUUAGGUCCCAGACUUCGAUUGAGAUUGGAUGGUAGUGAUAACAAAAAUGACUUUUGGAGGUUGGUUGAUUCUGGCGAAAUACAUGCAAUAGGUCAUUGUGAAAAGAAUGGUGGAAUGCUACAACCUCCCUUGGGAUUCAGAAUGAAUGCCAGCUCGUGGCCGAUGUUUCUACUCAAAAUCUUGAAGGAUGCGAAGAUGGCACCCGAAAGUAUAUUCCAGAAGGAGCCUUUGGGUCCGCGACAAAACCUGUUCCAAGUCGGUCAGAAAUUAGAAGCUGUUGAUAAGAAGAACCCUCAGUUGAUUUGCUGUGCCACAGUUGGGGCUGUCAAGAACGAUCAAAUCCAUGUUACUUUCGAUGGGUGGAGAGGAGCCUUUGACUACUGGUGUAGGUAUGACAGCAGAGAUAUAUUCCCUGUGGGGUGGUGUGCUAGAUCCGGGCACCCGAUGCAGCCGCCUGGGCAGAAGAACAGUAGUGGAACAAACAGAUUUAGAAUCAGACCAGCUUUCACAGCUCCUCCACCUACUUCAUCAGUUAGUUCAACAGCUGCGGAAGUUCAAUCCCCUGAAGCGGACACAUCAGCCCCUCCACCUCCGCCAAUCGUCAUCAACUUCCGUAAAAGCUGUUCUGGAGGUCCAUUGAUCGAUACCACUCAACUCGCAUUAAGUAUAGAGGAUGCCACACCGUCAGAUCUGGCCAAAAAGCUGGUCAACCAAGUGCUCAACGCCUCCCAUAAGUCAGAGACCAUUUUAGCUAGAUUGGGCGCGCUUAGAGGUGAGGAGAUGGUCAUAACUCAUGAAGGGAGCACGUAUACAAUCAAACUGCCGCAAUUGGUGAAGGCAAGUGAUUUGAAUGGAGUUUUUCAGACAUUAGCGCAGGCGCUAGGAUGUUGUCAGAAUGUAUUUAGUUUAGAACGAACCGUGAAAGACUGUCUCUCAUGUGAUGUAAAAAGUGCUCCGACACCACAGAAACGCAAGCCGCCUGAACAAGAAGCGGCCACAUCUACCACUCCAGCUGAACCGUCGAUUUCUUCGGAGUCGCCAGUUUUGAGCUUGAACAAAAUUCCCACUGGAGAGUGGGGUAUCGAGGAGGUGAUCCAGUUCAUAGAAUCAGUGGAUCCUUGCUUGGGAGUACAUGCAGACUUGUUUCGAAAACAUGAAAUUGACGGCAAGGCCUUUUUGCUCCUAAACUCGGAUAUGAUGAUGAAAUACAUGGGCCUGAAACUAGGCCCGGCUCUCAAAAUUUGCAAUUUAGUUUCUAGACUUAAGGGUAGAAGACACUUAUUGUAA